AUGGAGGGAUCGGCGACGGAGGGCAAUCACGGAGGCGAUCCCCGCGCCGAGCAUGCCGCAACCAAGGAGUCCGAGGCGGCGGCAACGCAACACCAUCUGACGUUGCUCCAGCCGACCGUGGUCGAAGUUUCUGCAGCCGUGCUGGAUAAGGACAAGGUGGGGGAGCUCGAGUCGGUGGGGCUGGUCGGUGGCUCUCCACCUUCUGGUGGACGGGGGAGGCGUAAGCAGAGGAAGAGCGAUGGGGAGGACGAUUAUGACACCGCCGUGCCCGGGGACCUCAUUACGCGGGCGAAAAGGCGGCAGACGACAGGUAGUGCUGACGACGCCGGAGGCGCGGCAGUUGGGACACCACGAGGCGCCAAGGAAGCUAGUGGCAAGGCGGGCAGUCAAGCAUUGCGCCAGAAGGGCCGACCCGCAGCAAGAAAAGCAUCCGGCGGAAGGAGAGGCAAGAAAGCAGCGACGGGAACAAAGCCGAAACGGGGCGAUGAAGACCCCGGUGAUGCGGAGGAGGAGGAGGAUGAGGAGGAGGAUGCGGAGGGAGAGGAGGAUGCAGAGGAAGCGGAGGAGGAUGACGCGGAUGUUGGGGAGGAUGAAAAAGAUGAGAAUGAUGGCGGGGAGGACGAAGAGGAGGAGGAGGAGGAGGAGGAGGAUGAGGAGGAGGAGGAGGAGGAGGAGGAGGAGGAGGAGGAGGAGGAGGAGGAGGAGGAGGAGGAGGAGGAGGAGGAGGAGGCGGAGGAGGAGGAGGAGGAGGAGGAGGAGCAGGGUGACGACGAGGAGGAGGAUGUGGAGGAGGAGGAGGAGGAGGCAGCAGAGGAGGAGGAGGAGGAGGAGGAGGAGGAGGAGGAGGAGGAGGAGGAGGAGGAGGAGGAGGAGGAGGAGGAGGAUGUGGCUCCAGUGAAGGGACGGGGCGGGCGUGGCAGACGGGUGAGUGGUACAGGGAAGGAGGGGGGCCGGACUCGCCCUUCCCGAAAGCGCGGGGCAGUUGACGCUGCGCGCGGCGAAGCAGCAGGCAAACCGAAGGCGCGUAAGGUGAAGAUCAAAAGUGAAGGGGUUGCCCCUCGCAUUACAGGCAUUGGGCCACCCGUAAGCAUGCAACGAAUGCAUCUAACGAAGGCUGCCGGAAGAGCGAGUGUUACACCGCUCUCCUCCGGAGCACCAAGGUACUACACGCCAUGGGCUGGCCCGAGCAAAGUCGCUGCGACGGCACCAGACGCGCCAAGAGGACAAGAAUCCGAAUCCCCUCCACCCGCCCACAUCACGCAGUCCCCACUCGCCUCACCCUCAUACCAAUUUCGGCAACUCCACGCUUCUCCUGUCCGGGGCAACGCGGUCUCCCCUCUCGCCGAUCCUUCGCGCGGGCAUCAGGCAGGCAGUCAUGCCAAUCCCUUCCCUGAGCUCCCCUUUUCUCGCCAGCGUGAUAGUGUGAGGGCACACGGGACUGCUGCAGAAGACGUUGACCCCCUUGGCCAGAGGGGGGUUUCUUCACACCCUUUUCCUCCGCACAUGGGUGCCCUAGGUGAAAGUGCGGAGCACGAGCAGUUUGUUACACGGGAGGAGUUCCAGGCGCUGCGGUCUGAGAUGUACGCCAUGUUUGCACAGCUCGGCCUGCGUCGUGGAGUACCUGCCAGCUAUGCCAGCGGGUCGGCAGCCCUGCCUAUGGCUGGUACCCCGCCGCCGAUGAGUGCCGUGGACAAGGCACGAGUGCUAGUGUUGCAGGAGACAAACCCAUUCCCGUACUACCCUGCACCGGAGGAAGUGUUCGAAGCGUUCUCUGUCCACUUGUCUGCAGAAGGGCUCGAGGCAAUGAAGCUGCUGUGGUUGCACAAUGACAAGUCAACCAUGGGAGUCUUCAACCACCAGCUGUCCUCAACAAGGUCAACUAUCAACUCCACCCUCAGGCCAGCAGCAUACACCGGCAUGGGCCUUGCCGAUUACAGCCAUCUCGUGGAUAGCCUGCCCACUGAGCUACACCCAACGACCUGGUUCGACGACGAUCAACUCCUAGCCGAGUACAGAGAUGGCGACGUUGUGCCUUCCCGCCCGCCCCCGAUUCCCCUUUCUCGCCCCGAUUCCCCUUUCCCGCCCCGAUUCCCAUUUCCCGCCCCCGAUUCCCAUUUCCCGCCCCCCGAUUCCCUUUCCGGCCCCCGAUUCCCCUUUCCCGCCCCUGAUUUCCCUUUCCCGCCCCCGAUUCCCCUUUCCCGCCCCCGAUUCCCCUUUCCCGCCCCUGAUUCCCCUUCCCGCCCCGAUUCCCCUUUCCCGCCCCUGAUUUCCCCUUUCCCGCCGCCCGAUUCCCCGUUUUCCGCCGCCCGAUUCCCCCUUUCCGCCGCCCGAUUCCCCUUUCCCGCCGCCGAGUACCCAUUUCCCGUCGCCCUAUUCCCUUCCCGCCGCCCAUUCUCCGCAUCCCGCUGCCCAUUCUUCCGGUCCCGCCUCCCAUUCCUACCUUCCCGCCUCCCAAUAUCCCAUUCCCCCAUUCCUGCCUCCCUUUCUUCCCUUCCCUUCAAUCUCCCUUCCCUUCCUUCCCGUCCCUUCCCUCCUCCCUCCUCCCUUCCCUCCCUUCCCCUCCCUUCCCUCCCUUCUCUCCCUUCCCUCCCUUCUCUCCCCUCCCUCCCUUCACUCCCUUCCCUCCCUUCUCUCCCUUCCCUCCCUUCCCUCCCGCCCCUCCCUUCUCUCCCUUCUCUCCAUUCCCUCCCUUCUCUCCCUUCCCUCCCUUCUCUCCCUUCCCUGACUUCCUCCCUUCCUUCCCUUCCCUGCCUUCCCUGCCUUCCUUCCCUUCCCUCCCUUCCCUCCCGUCCCCCCUUUCUCUCCCUUCUCUCCCUUCCCUGCCUUCCCUCCCUUCACUCCCUUCUCUCCCCUUCUCUCCUCUCCCUUCCCAUUCACUCCCUUCUCUCCCUUCUCUCGCUUCACUGCCUUCUCUCCCUUCUCUCCUUCCCUCCCUUCCCUCCCUCACUCCCUUCCCUCCCUUCUCUCCCUCUCUCUUCUCUCCCUUCUCUCCCUUCUCUCCCUUCUCUCCCUUCUCUCCCUUCUCUCCCUUCUCUCCUCCCUUCCCUGCCUUCUCUCCCUUCCUUCUCUCCCUUCCCUCCCUUCCCUCCCUUCACUCCCUUCCCUCCCUUCUCUCCCAUCCCUCCCUUCCCCCCCUUCCCUCACUUCUCUCCCUUCCUUGCCUUCCCUCCCAUCAUUGAUCCCCUCCCCCUACCACAUACAACAUACUCCCAUCUGACCUCCCCUUCCCCUGCCACCUACUCCCAUCUCAUCGCCUCUCCCCUACCACCUCUCCUGGCCCUAUCAGGCACUCUUUGCUCACCUCCCAUCCCCCUACCAGGGGCAUUCUUCUCACCUCCCCUCCCCUACCUCUUCUUACCCCCUCCUCUACCAAGGGCGCUCUGCUCACACCCUGCCCCUCCAGCGAUUGCAAUGGGAAUGGCAGGGGAGCAUGGCAACGGCUACGAGCAAAGCAGCUUCAAGCCAUCCCACCUGCAUCCCUGCAUCCCCCUCUCCCCAUCCCUGCAUCCACAUCUCCGCCUCCCAUUCUCCCAUACUCUCACUUUCCUCACUUCUCUCCCUCCCCUCCCUUUUCUCCCAUCCAUGGUCUCUUCCUUCAGUCCCUUCCGUCCCCUCCCUCCUUUGCCUCCCUUCCCUCCCUUCCCUCACCUACCUCCCCUUUCCGGGCCCUUCUCUCGCUUCCCUCCCUUCUCUCCCUUCCCUCCUCCCUUCCCUCCCUCUCUCCCUUCCCUCUCUUCCCUAGCCUUGCAGCCUUCCCUCCCUUCCCUCUCCUACCUCCCCGCGAUUUCCCUUCUCUCCCAUCCCGCCGUUCUCUCCCUUCCCUCCCUUCCCUCCCUUCCCUCCCUGCAUCUCCCUUCCCUCCCUUCCCUCCCUUCCCUCCCUUCUCUCCCUUCCCUCCCUUCCCUCUCAUCCCUCCCUUCUCAAACUUCCCUCCCUUCCCUCUCUUCCCUCCCUGCGAUCUCUUUCCUCCCUUCUCUUCCCGCCCCAUCUUCACCUCAAUCCUCUCAGCACCACCCCCAUCAGCGCCAAACAUUUUGGGCCGCCCCUUGCCCACCUCUUCAUCCUCACCCCUCCACUUCGCCUCCCCAUCUCCCUCUUCAACUCUCCUACCCCACUUCCUCAUCUCUUCGUCGUCUAUUCCCUCCUUCCGUCCCCAUCCUUUCACUUCCACCCUCCCUCCGUCUAACACCUUCUCCUCCCACCUUCCUUCCUUCCCGCAUCUCCUCUUUUCCCCCCUCCGUCCCAUGCUUCCACCUUCCGCCCCAUCCCCGCCCCGUUUUCAGCGUUCCUGAUUCAUGUCGUGUCCCUUUGGCCACCACCACUCCGCUGCUGCGAGUGUGGAAGAGUCAGGCGCUCUGGGCCGCUGGCAUCAUGCAUCGUGAUUUCACACCAGGACAACAAAUCCUGGCCCAAGCAAGCUUGGCGGCGUGA